AUGACUCUCAUCACGCUGGGGAUCCUACUGGUCACUGCAGUCGUCACCGCCAGUCUCAUAGCCACGUCACUCCCAAUGCAAUUCUCCGCAACCAUACUAAGCAAGACGGUGGUGAAUGCUGAAGUUCCCUCUGAUGGCGACUGUCUCGACGUUGCCGUCAUCGGCGGCGGUAUCGGGGGCGCCUACACGGGAUGGAGGUUGAGGGACAGAGGUCUCUCCAUCUCCGUGUUCGAGUUCUCCGACCGUGUCGGGGGAAGACUCUUCACUGCCGAGCUGCCUGUCGCCCCGGGGACGUAUCUUGAUUUCGGGGCAAUGAGGUUUAAAUCUGGAGCUCACCCAACACUGAACAGAACAGCAACAGCUUUAGGACUAAACAUCAUCCCCUUUGAACUGGGAUACGGCAAUGCGGAUGAGACGAUCUGGUACAAUCGCGGUAAACGCAUGCGCAAUACCGACCUAGGAACAACUAAUAUACCCUACAACCUUCAGCAAGGAGAGGCAAAUGACCCCGAUAUGUUAUUGUGGGAGCUGUUCAAGAACAACGUCAACAUCACCGACACCUACCCCAGUCUGGAGGACCUCUUUUUUCUGUCCUACCCCGGGGACACGGGGUCUUCUGAAGGUUACAAGACAAUCGCUGGUGGGAUGGAGAAGGUUCCCCGGACCCUCAUGGAGAAAUUCCUGGAAGCUAAUACCACCCAUAAGCUCCACCUGAACCAUCAGCUGACGAGGAUGGAGAGGAGACAGACUGGAGGCUACAACCUCAGGUUCAGAAAGACCCAGACAGUCGAUGGUGUUACAACCCCCGUUAUGACUGGCAAUACUGGCCUGACGAUGUGUGCGAGGAAGGUUGUGUUAGCUGCUCAAAAGGAUGCUAUACAGCAGAUCGACUUUCCCGAGUUCAAGAACAACCCCGAGAUCAGAAGAACCAUAGACUCUGUGGAAGGAUUCCCAGCUGGUAGAAUCUACCUGGCCUACAACACCAAGUGGUGGAAGACUGGCAAUCCUGACAUCACCCACACCAAGAGUGACCUUCCCAAUAGACAAACAUAUGACUGGUCCACGGGCACCAACAACGUCUCCAUCAUCAUGGCCUCCUACCACGACGGGGACUUCACCCACUACUGGCGAGAACUGAGUCAGUUCGGGACACCCAUCCCGGGAAGUCUCCCUGGAGUGAAUGCCGUUACCGACGUCGUCAAGAAUAGAGUUGAGAAGUACCUUAGCGUCAUCUACAACGUCAGCCAGUCCGACAUCCCCGAAACUGUUGGAGGGGCCAUGAUGCUGUGGGACAGGUAUCCUUUCUCCGCGGCAUGGGGCUACUUCAAGGCCGGGUUUGACGAGAGAAAAGUCCGUGAUAUGAUCUACAAGCCGUCCCCGUCUGACCACGUGUACAUCGUCAGCAACUCCUGGUCAGCGGAUGAUCUGCAAGGAUGGGCAGAAGGGUCACUGAUAGCUGUUGAUGCUGUGAUCCAAAAAUACUUCAUUGAGUAG